AUGUCGUUGGUGGCGCACGACACGUUGCGGUGUCGAUGCGCCACCAACGACAUAGUCGUUGGGGGUAUGUCGUUGGGGACAACAAUGUAUAAAAAAAAAAAUGCAGCUGAAACCCUCAUUUCAUCAGUCAGCCUCUCUUCCCCUAAUCACCCGAAACCCUCAUUUCAUCACUGCCCUCUUCCCCUAAUCAGUCAGCCUCUCCGCCCAUCGUCAGCCGCCGUCGUCACCGGUCGUCGUCGUCGACUGGAGUGGAGCCGGUCGUCGUCGCCGUCGUCACCACAACCUUCGACUGGAGUGUCCGGCCACCUCCCUCUGCCUGAAGCCACGCGCGUUAGCCCAGCACCGUUCGUCAGAACACCUCCGGCAGCCAUUUUUGAGAUGGCAAUCGAUAAGACUUGGGUGACCAUGAGAAGUCGUAAGGAUCCAGCUUACUGGGAAGGUCUCCAAGUCUUUAUGGAACUUGCGUCUAAACACAAGGAUUGUGACGGAAGAAUUUUCUGUCCUUGUGUUAAAUGCAAGAAUACUAGAUUGCAUCCUUUGAAUACUGUGGAGGCACACAUCUUUACAAAGGGUUUCGAGAGCAGCUAUGAGAGGUGGAUUUACCAUGGGGAGCCAGAUGAACCUGUCGAGGCUAACAUCAAUGUCGAUGCGGAUGAGAUGGCAGGUGUCAUUGAAGAUUUCUUCCCUCCUAUAGAUGACGACGAAAGAGCUGGUGAUGAUGAAAUGCAGAGGGGUCAGUAUUAUGAUGACAUGUUUGAGGAGAUUGAGGCACAGUUGUAUCCUAGUUGCGAUUGGAUAUCCUGCCUCAACUUUAUAGCAAAGUUGAUGCACUUGAAAAAUUUGGGAAAAAUACCAAAUUAUAUCUUUGAUGAAUUGUUGAAGUUGUUGAAGUUUGCAUUUCCGAAGGAGAAUAAAAUUCCUGCAACACACUAUGAGGCGAAGAAGAAAUUAGGAAAAUUAGGAUUAGGGUACGAAUCAAUCCACGUGUGCGUGAACAAUUGUUGUUUGUUUCACAAUGAGCAUGCCUCGAAAGAUUUUCGCCCGGUGUGUGGGACCAGUAGAUGGAUUAAUGAGGAGACAAGCGAAAAAAAAGUAGCGCAUAAAGUGAUGCGCUACUUUCCGCUGACUCCUCGAUUGAAAAGAUUAUACAGUUCAAGACAUACAUCCAAAGAGAUGGUAUGUCAUCGUACUGGUCGUGUGAGAGAAAAUGGGGUUAUGCGUCAUCCUGUUGAUUCUGCCGCGUGGAAAGACUUUGACUCCAGACAUCCUGAUUUUGCAAGAGAUCCUCGGAAUGUUCGCCUAGGCUUAGCUGCUGAUGGAUUUAAUCCUUUUGGCAACAUGAGCCUCUCGUAUAGUAUGUGGCCUGUAGUGUUGGUGAAUUACAAUUCGCCACCUUGGAUGUGUAUGAAGGAUAACAAUUUCAUGUUGAGUCUCAUUAUUCCCGGACCGAAGUCACCUGGUAAGGACAUGGAUGUCUUUUUAAGGCCAUUGGUGGACGAGCUGAACGCAUUGUGGACUCAGGGUGUUGAAACAAGAGAUGCUACAACCAACUCAAUGUUCAACAUGCGCGCAGCUCUUCUUUGGACAAUUAAUGAUUUUCCUGCCCGUAGUAGCUUACGUUUCUUGCCAUGCAAUCAUCGUAUGAGAAAAGACCGUGAAUUUGAUGGAAAUUUUGAGAAGAGACCUCUGCCAAGACGAUUUACUUGUUCUGAAAUAUUAGAACAAGUGAAUGCUCUAUCUGAACGUGCUCCGGGGAAACGAAAAAGAGGCGACACUGAAAAUAACUGGAGGAAAAAAAGUAUUUUUUAUGAACUUGAGUAUUGGAGUGCAAAUGAGUUGAAACACAACAUCGAUGUUAUGCAUGUUGAGAAGAAUGUUUGUGAUAGUAUCCUUGGCACUCUCUUGGAUAAUGACAAGUCUAAAGACACCACUAAUGCAAGACAAGAUUUGAAAAAUAUGAGAAUUCGUCAAUCCUUAUGGAUUUUUGAAGAUGCUCGUAAAAGAUUGCUAAAACCACAUGCCCCUUGUGUGUUAACUGCUAAUGAUAAGCAAUUGUUUUGUAAAUUUUUGAAAGACGUUAAAUUGCCAGAUGGAUUUUGUUCGAACUUGAAGAAGAAAGUAACUAAUGACAAUAUUGUUGGAUUGAAAUCCCAUGAUUGUCAUGUCAUAAUGCAAAGGUUACUUCCAGUUUGUAUUGGCAAGUUUUUGUCGAAGGAAGUAUCAAGCACCAUUAUAGAAUUGUGCAAUUUUUUCAGAAUUUUAUGUUCAAGGACAUUGAACGUAAAAGACAUGGAGAAGGCCCAGGGAGACCUUAUUCACAUUUUGUGCAAAAUGGAGAGAAUUUAUCCUCCAGCGUUUUUUGAUAUCAUGAUACAUUUGGUGAUCCAUUUACCCGAGGAAGCCAUAUUGGGCGGGCCAGUUUUUAUGAGGUGGAUGUACCCUUUUGAGAGGUAUAUGAAAAAGCUGAAAAAUUAUGUUAGGAACAAAGCAAGGCCGGAAGGAUCUAUUGCUGAAGGAUACGUUAUAGAUGAGGCUUUGACAUUUUGUUCCAUGUACUUUAAAGGUGUGCAUACAAAAUUCAACUGUCCUAAGCGCAAUGAAGAUGCUCCUAGUGUAUCUCGCUAUUUAACAGUGUAUAAAUCUCAAUGUCGUCCACUCGGUAAGCAAACAAUAACAACGCUCGAUGAGAAGACUCGCAAAAGAGCUGAGUGGUACAUAUUUCAGAAUUCUAGCGAGAUCGACCCUUAUAUGACAGAGCACCUUGAAAUAAUCUCACAGAGGGACCCGAAUGGCAACCAUAAUCUUUUACACAAAAAAGAAUUUCCUUCGUGGUUUCAUAAGAAGAUUUUUGAUUUGUAUAAGCUCGGGUCUUUAGAACACAAUGAUGAAUUGCUAGCUUUAGCAGCUGGCUCUGAUCUCGUUGUGUAUUCAUAUCCGGCAUGUAUAGUGAAUGGAGUUCGAUUUGUUGUACACAGUCGAGAUAAAGACCGUAAUACUCAAAAUAGUGGGGUGUCCGUUGCAGGGACAGAAGGUUUUGACUAUUUUGGGGAACUUCAAGAAAUAUUGCAUUUGUCCUUUAGUGGUGCAUAUUCAGUUGUAUUAUUUCGGUGUAAGUGGUUCAACACAGAUCCGAGAAAGAAAAAAAUCAUUAUCGAAAAUAAUAUCACUAGCAUAAAUGUUAGUGGUGUAUGGUACAAAGAUGAUCCAUACAUUCUUGCCAGUCAAGCUAAGCAAGUUUUCUUUGUGGAUGAUCUAGUUAGAGGUCGUAAUUGGAGAGUUGUUCAUAAUGUCCAUCACCGCCAAGUUUGGAAAAAUAUUUUGGAUGCUUCUAAUGAGACAGAUGAUGUUGAUGUUAAAAAUACUGGAAUAAAAAUUUAA